AUGUACGAGAAGCUGCCUGUGCCGUUUGGCCUGGCAAGGUACGGCGUAGCUCCGGACCAUCCGGAAGUAAAGAACUGUGAAGAGAAGUUUACGGAAGUUGCAGCAUCUCCACGCUUCAACUUUAUUGGCAACGUUGAGUUGGGCGAAACGCUGCCUCUUCGGGUGCUCAAGCCACACUACGACGCCAUCCUGUUCGCCUAUGGCGCUCCGAAGGAUAAGAAGCUGGGGAUCCAAGGAGAGGACGCAUUGCGCAGUGUAUAUUCGGCGCGGGAGUUUGUGGGAUGGUAUAACGGGCUACCGGAGCAUCGAGACCUGAACCCGGACCUUGCCGCGGGAGAGGAUGCUGUGAUUAUCGGUCAAGGCAAUGUUGCAUUGGAUGUAGCUAGGAUACUACUGUCCGGAGUGGAUCGUCUCCGCCAGACUGACAUCGCCGAUUACGCCUUGGAGACGCUGUCCAGCAGCAAAAUCAAGAGGGUCCGGGUAGUAGGCCGCAGAGGCCCGUUGCAGGCGUCGUUUACUAUUAAAGAGGUUCGAGAACUGCUACAGCUCCCCUCUGUAUCAUUUGACCCCAUUCCUCGUGAUCUUCUUCCCCCAGAAGACGUCAUUUCAGCCCUCCCAAGGGCGCAGAAACGACUGAUCCAGCUACUCUCCAAAGGAUCUACCAAUGACCCUACCACAACCACCAAGUCGUGGUCUCUUGACUUCCUCCUCUCGCCAGAGUGUCUCAACUGGUCUCCUGUCUUCCCUUACCGCCUGUCUCAUGUGCGCUUCGCCCGCAACGAACUCGACCCCGCGGAUCCGUUCUCCGCAAGCGCCAAGGUUAGGCCCAAGCACCUUUCCGACGGCAAGCCGGCCAAAGUCAACAUUCCCGCGAACACGUUCUUUCGCAGCGUCGGCUACAAAGGUCUUCCCUUGCCUGGACUAGAAGACCUUGGAGUGCCAUUCGAUGAGAGCCGCGGAGUAAUUCCCAACGACGGCUUUGGCCGGGUCACUGUGCCUCUGGCGUCAGAGGCCGGGACUCAUGAUACACUCCCAAAUGGGUCCCUGAUUUCGCAUCUGCCGGGGCUAUACUGUGCCGGGUGGGUCAAGCGGGGACCGACGGGUGUGAUUGCCACAACAAUGACAGACGCGUUCAGCACGGCGGACGCGAUCGCAGCGGAUGUGGCACAGCAUGGUAACACUCUGCUCAACCCAUCGAACGAAAGGACCGGCCUCGGAUGGGAGGGCGUCCGUGCCGAGGCAGAGCAGCGUGGUGUAAGAGCAACGACCUGGGAAGACUGGGAGCGAAUUGACCGUGCGGAGCGCGAGCGUGGAUCGCUCAAGAGCAAGCCACGGGAGAAGUUUGGACGAGUAGAGGAGAUGCUGGCGGCUCUGUAG